AGGAAAAACACCCAAAGGGACGAUCGAGAAGGAGAACUCUUGGGGGCUUCGUCUUCGAGAGGCGAGGUGCUGGGGCCACACGCUCGAGAGCCAGGAGGUCCUGGAUCAGAGCAUUACCGCGAAGUUGGUCAAUACUCUGAAGGACCACCGCGCCGCGGAUGACGCCGCGCUGAGGCGCGCCACCCUGAGGGCGCUGGCGCCGGCGGCGGCCAAAGGCAGCCGGAAGGCGCUGGACGCACAGGCGGGGCGGGGAUGCCACCGGGAGCGCUCGGCUGGCGGGGGCCCGAUUCAGAGGAGCAAGAGGUCAUGGUAGCGAUAAGUUUCAAGGUUUAAGUGAGAAAGUGCCUGGUAGAACCAAACAGUGGACGCCCGACCCGC